AUAUAAGAAUCCGCCCAUUUCAUUCUCAAUCUCCUUAACCAAGAAACCCUAGCCGCGGAGAUUUUCACUUAACAACCAUCUCUACCAGCCUCAGCAGCAACAACAAUGGCGGACGUCGACGCAGAUGUGGCGGCGGGACAGCCUAAGAAGAGGACGUUCAAGAAGUUCAGCUACAGGGGCGUCGAUCUUGAUGCACUUCUUGAUAUGUCAACCGAGGAACUCGUCAAGCUCUUCAAUGCGCGUCCCAGAAGAAGGUUCCAGAGAGGGUUGAAGAGGAAGCCAAUGGCUUUAAUUAAGAAGCUACGCAAGGCUAAACGCGAGGCUCCACCAGGUGAGAAGCCUGCAUUAGUCAGAACCCACCUGCGCAACAUGAUCAUUGUACCUGAGAUGAUUGGAAGUGUACUUGGUGUGUACAAUGGCAAGACCUUCAACCCAGUUGAGAUCAAGCCUGAAAUGAUUGGGCACUAUCUUGCUGAGUUCUCAAUCUCAUACAAACCAGUCAAACACGGAAGACCUGGUAUUGGUGCCACCCACUCUUCAAGGUUCAUUCCUCUGAAGUGAGCAACCGAAGUUCAAGAAUACCAGGGGAAAGAUGAAUGUCCGGAUCCUCAAGUUUUAUUUCUUGCGUGGUUUUGUUAGUUUUGUUUCUUAGAUGCUGGAAUUUUAGUUGAGAGACAACUAGUUUUGAAAAGUUUUGCUGAUGGAUAAUUAUUUUGAUUCACUUAAUGGAAAGAGGUUUAUAUUUCACA